CGCCCCUCUCUCUCUUCUCUCUCGCUCUAUACACUUAAAGAGUGAACCGAAACAGUUCAGCUCGCAUUCAUCGCCUCCCUCCGCCUGCGUUCUCUGCGCCUGCCAGUCUCUCUCUCUCUCUCUCUAUCUCCCAAGGGGUGCUCUGAGAUCACAAAAGGAAAAAAAAAAUGGUGAAGGCCGUUGCCGUACUCGGAAGCAGCGAGGGUGUCACUGGCACCGUCCACUUCGUCCAAGAAGGAGAUGGCCCGACCACAGUGACCGGAAGUCUUUCUGGCCUGAAGCCCGGGCUUCAUGGUUUCCAUGUUCAUGCCCUUGGGGACACCACAAAUGGCUGCAUGUCAACUGGACCACAUUUCAAUCCUUCUGGUAAGGAGCAUGGUGCCCCUGAAGAUGAGAAUCGUCAUGCUGGUGAUUUGGGAAAUGUGACUGUUGGUGAUAAUGGUACUGCUACUUUCACCAUUACUGACAAGCAGAUUCCUCUCACUGGACCUAAUUCAAUUGUUGGAAGGGCUGUGGUUGUCCAUUCAGAUCCUGAUGAUCUUGGCAAGGGUGGACAUGAACUUAGCAAAACCACUGGAAAUGCUGGUGGCAGAGUUGCUUGCGGUAUCAUCGGUCUUCAGGGAUGAGCUGCCUCAAUCGACCACAUAAGUAUCUAACGCAUGCUAUGCAUGAGGAGCCUGUUGGGGGUUGGAAUCUUGAGUAAAAGCAUAUUUUCAGAGUGUCUGCUUUUGGUUAAAACUCUCAGUUGAUGUGCUUUUUGGUAUUGGCUGUUAUCUCCGAUACUGCGAACCUGUAGAGGCUAUCAACUAUAAUGUCACCUGGAUUUGGGUUUGUCUAUAUUUCGGUCAUCUGCUAUUUUAAAAUGGCUUCUCUAGCAAAUUUUUCGU